AUGGUGAUGGAUCUGGAGAUGCAAGAAGAACCUUUGAUUGCGGGCGCAAUGGAGGUUGAAGCUGACAAAGUAGAAUAUAUGUUAGAGAUGGAAGGGUCAGACGCUGGCCAUACGAAGGGAGAUGAAGUUCGGAGGGACCCUCGCAGACUGGUGUCGUACAAGGACCAACUUCUGCAAAUCAAUGGUGUUUGGGAUGGAAUACAGGAGGAUGAAGAAGACUGGCUUGCACAAUGCAAACGGGAGGAGGUCGAGGAAGAAGAAGCUUUGAAAGCCUACGAACAGAUAGGGGAAGAUGAUCCGUUGAAUCCUUUCUACCAAUUUGAUGUUCUGGAGAAAGUGGAACAGUGCAAACGGUGGAGGAUGGCGCUGAUAGUAAAGCUCAUGGAGAAAAGAUUAGGAGCGAGAUUUCUGUGGAACAGAUUGCACAAACUUUGGAACUUGGAGGGGAAGCACAAAGUUCUGGAUCUGGAAAAUGACCAUUAUAUGGUCGAAUUUGAAAAGAGUCAAGACUAUCUCUUCGUGCAGCAACAGGGACCUUGGAUCGUGGCAGAUCAUUAUCUCAUAGUGCAAAGGUGGAGGCCUAACUUGGAUCCAUUUGAUGAGAAAGUUAAGAAGCUGGCAGUAUGGAUUAGAAUUCCAGGAGUACCUAGGGAAUUCUAUACAUACAAGGAUUCAUGGAGAAUGGGGAACAUGGUGGGUCGAACGCUGAGGAUUGAUGAAAACUCCCUGAGAAUCAGUGGACAAGGGCAGCUAGAAGAAAUCACUGACAGGGGCAGGUUUGCGCGCAUCUGUGUUGAACACGGGCAUAAGAAAGAGCAUUGUAUGUUUAAUCCUGAUAAUAUCAAGAAAGCUGAGGAGGAUGCAGAUGUGGAGGUUAAUUGCCAAAAUCCUAGGCAUGGUCACUCUGAAGAUACUGCAAAGGAAGAAGUAGAAAGGAGUCAGGAAGUUAAUGGAUUCAGGAAUUGGAUGACAGUCCAAAAAAGAAACAACAAAAGGCCAAUACAACAGCUGAGAUCUAAAGAGAAUUCUGUUACCAAGGAGAAAUCCAAUGCAGGAGGUAAGGAGCAUGUUCCAAAAAAUAUUGCCUUUGGGUCCAGAUUUGGUCCCUUAGAGGAAGGAGCAGAAGACUAUGCCCCAGGCCAGAAAUCUGGAGAAUCAGAAACUAUGAUCAACAGUGGAAAGAAUGUGGUGGAUUUGAAUCAACAAAAGAAAAGCAAAGGAGGGAGGAAGAAGAAGUGUACCACUGACAGAGGUGAUUUAAAUCAGGGGUUAGGAGCUGAGGCUAAGGCUUCAGGAAAACAAAUGUUAAACUCCCAACCCUCAGAGAAUAAAAGGGGUGCAAUUCACAAGCAAACCAAUAGGGAGGCCAUUCUGGUCGACAGGGGAGCAACAAGGGGGAAUACUCAAGGAGAACCUUUUGUUAGCUCUAAAUUUCCUAAGAAUGUUAUAAUUAUGGGAAACACCAACAGAAAAGAAGAAGAUAUUAGAGUCAGAGCCUUUCCUGAGCUCAAAGAAAAUCCACCUGAUGAAGGGAGUGGAGAGGAGCAGAUUCUUGCUUUGUUGGAAACCAGAAUAAGUGGUAAUAAGGCUGAACGUGUAGUUAGAAGUUUAGGAUUUAAUAGCUUUUUUAUAAGAGAAGCUGUGGGUUUUUCUGGAGGUAUAUGGAUUCUUUGGAACAAAAGCAUGGCUAAGGUGAGCAUUAUUGAGGAGGACCAUCAAUUUGUGCACUCUAAAAUUCAGUGGUUGAGUUCAGGGGUUGAAGAGAUGUUUACUUUCGUCUAUGGAAGCCCUAGAAGAGCUGAGAGGAAAAAUCUUUGGGAUAGCCUGAAAAGAAUUGCAGCAAGUGGUGGUGGCAAAUGGGCUGCAAUGGGUGAUUUCAAUGCAUAUUUAGAGGAAGGGGAGAAAAUGGAUGGAUCUGGUUUGUGUUGGGAAAAUAUGAAGGAAUUUGAAAGUUGUCUUAGUGAGAGUGGUCUCUCAGAUUUAGGAGCCAUUGUUCAUCUUCAUUUUCAUGGUUCGGACCAUAGGCCUAUAAUCCUUAAAGAUGGAAACAAAAAUGGAAACUUAGGAGGCUUUAAACCUUUCAGGUUCCUAGCAGCUUGGCUGACUAAUACAAGUUUUGAGUAUGUAGUGGACAACUGCUGGAAUAAGGAGGCUGAGUGGAUUGAUGCUAAAGACAAAUUUCAUAAUGAAGCUUCUAUUUGGCACAAUUCCAGGUUUAAAGAGGAACAAAGAAGGAAGUAUCUGAUUCAAAAGAGGAUUAAAGGGGUGGAUAUUCAGUUGAGUAGGGGUCCAGAUGAGGCCCUGAAGAGACUUCAUAGAAACUUAUGGAAGGAGUUAAACACUAUUUACAUUCAGGAGGAACUUACCUGGUUCCAAAGGUCUAGAUGUAAUUGGCUAGCAUUCGGUGACAGGAACUCUAAAUUCUUUCAUGCUAGUACUGUGUCUAGAAAUAGGAGGAAUAAGCUAUUAGCUCUUAAAAAGGAUGAUGGAAUAUGGGUGGAGGAUCCGGAGAUUCUUAAACUAAUGGCCAUUGAUUAUUUUAAAAGUCUGUAUGUAGAGGAGAAUCAGAUCACCAAUAAUCUAUGUGGGAACCAGUUUCCUGUGAUAAACAAUCUGAAUUGGAGAAGUAUUGGCCAAACUCCGAAUGUGGAAGAAAUCAAGAGCACCAUUUUUAAGAUGCAUCCUUAUAAAGCCCCGGGGGCUGAUGGUCUUCAUGCUAUUUUUUUCCAAUCUCAAUGGGAAAGAGUAGGGAGUUCGGUGAUCAAGCUUGUUAGGGAUGUGUUUGAAGAUCCUAAAAAAGUGGCUAGUGUCAAUCAAACACUUUUCUGUCUAAUUCCCAAGGUUGAAAUCCCGAAAAGGAUAAGCCAAUUUAGACCUAUUAGCCUGUGCAAUGUAGUCUAUAAAGUUAUUACUAAAGUGAUUACUAAUAGACUGAGAAAUCAUACGGGCACCCUAAUCAUGCCUAACCAGUGUAGUUUUGUGAAAGGAAGGCACUCUUCAGAUAAUAUCAGAAUUAGCCAGGAGAUUUUCACUCUAUGA